AUGGGUGAAGAAGAGCAACGGUGUCUGGCUGUCCAGAUCGUUGCGGCCGUUUUAAUGCCAAUUGCAGUCAUUUCGGUACUCCUACGAUGCUAUGUUCGUCUUGUUAUAGUGAAAGCUUUCGGAUGGGAUGAUGGAACGAUGGUGCUUGCAAUGUUGUGCUAUGUCAUGUUCUGUGCAUGUGAGAUUGGAGGCACCCGAUAUGGAACUGGCUAUAAGUUUGAAAAUAUCGAACCGGCGGACGGUGUAGUAGCUAUGAAGUAUUGGUGGCUCUGCGAGAUAGCUUACUGCUUUGCCUCUGUCUUUUGCAAGAUCUCCGUCUGCGUUUUCCUUAUGCGAAUCACUAUCAAACGAAUUCAUAUCUGGAUCCUUUACCUUGCGAUGGUUUUCACCUGCAUCGCCGGUCUGAUAUUCAUGUUUUUGAUGCUCUUGCAGUGUCAUCCAAUCUCUUAUUUUUGGAAUCGAGUGUUUCAAGAUCCUACAAUUCCAGGAUACUGCAUCAGUAUCGAUGUGAUUAUCACUAUGACCUACGUUUAUAGUGCUUUCUCGGCUAUGUGCGAUUUUACUGUUGGGAUUCUACCGAUCUUCCUUGUCAAAAGCCUACACAUGAAAAAACAAGCCAAAUUGGCUAUUAUUGGAAUUCUGAGUAUGGCCUGCAUUGCUUCCUGUGCUGUUAUUAUUCGUAUUCCCUUUGUCAAAACAUUCCGAAGUAGUAACUUCCUAUUCUCCACCUACCAAAUCGCAAUCUGGUCCAAUGCCGAAGCUGCUCUCGGUAUCACUGCUGGAAGUCUUGCAACCCUCCGUCCCCUCCUACGCCACUGGCUCGGAACGAACAACGACUCAGAUCAUGAAUCCGGAUUCCCUCGAACAGGCCACUCAUACCCAUUCGGAGGUAGCAACCAAAAUCGUGGAAUGCCACUGAGUUCGAUGGACGGGACCAAGACUGGAAAUCCCGGACUGAGACCUGAUAUGCUGGCAGUUCUCACGACAAAUGUGGAAGGUCGACGAAAGACGGCAGAUGUCAAUUGGACAUCUACUUCCAGCUCAAAUAGUAGCGAAGAGGCGCUAACCUCUGUGAAAACCCACAGGAAUAGGAUUGAAGUGGGCGUGCAUCAGACUUUCGAGGUCACGCAGUCUGCUGCAGAUCGGGAUGUUGUGGAAGGGGGUUCUUAUCCCUUAUCUGGUAGAGAACAUGUAUAA